AUGAUUAGCAGCAAAUGCCACCUUGGGUAUCUAGAGUUGAACUAUAGUGCAAGUGCACAUACAAUAGGGAUAGGUGGUGGUGAGGCAGAGCAGCAGCCACAACAGAGUGUGACCGAGGAGGUAUUGGAAAAGCUCUGCCCUCCAACUUGCCUAGAGAAUCUUCAUGUGAUAGGAGGAUACCUUAGUCGCCAGCUACCAAACUGGAUGUGUGCUCCAAAAUCGGCGGACUUUAAGAGCCUGAGGUAUUUGAGGCUAGAGAACCUGCCUUGCUGCACCCAGCUUCCUGAUGGUCUAUGCUGCCUCCCAUGUUUGGAAUUACUGAACAUCAUAGAUGCACCAGCCAUCAAGCGUGUUGGCCCCCAAUUCAUGGCGUCAUCCACCUUGGCAGCUGAAGUUUCCACUACCACUACAUCUGCACUGUUUCCGAAACUGAGAGAGCUAUAUCUGGUUGGGCUAUGUGAGUGGGAAGAAUGGGAAUGGAAUGACCAAACUGCAAGCUGUCUUCCACCAGGCCUCGCCAGCAGCAAGAGGCAUUCUCUUAGAAAACUAGACCUGUACAAGCUCACCAGCCUGACACAUGUGGAGAAAUUCCCUUCAGUAGUGAAACUUGAUGUGUUUGACUGCCCUGAGCUGAAGAGCAUCAGCAGCCUUCCCAUGUUGCAAAAGAUUAUGAUCGUUCGCUGCACAAUGCUGGAGGUUCUAGAAGAUGUCCCAGCACUCGACAGCCUUGUACUGGAGGACACCAGUACCACCAUGGACAUGCUUCCAGAAUACCUGCGAGCUGUGAACCCAAGGUAUCUUGAUAUGGCUUGCAAUAAGAAGCUACGUGAAUCCUCCUUGUCACCUGGUAGCUCUGAAUGGAACAAGAUUAGCCACAUUAGAAAACACAACAUUGUCUGCAUCAGAGAUUGA